AUGGCUGGCAAUGUUGUCAGCGAGAGGAGACGGCAACAGAAUAGGGAGGCCCAGCGAACAUACAGGAAAGGCUUACUCAAGAGAAUAGAGGAUCUCGAGAAUUCGCGGAGCGCAUCCCCAGCUGGCUCCGGUGGGGGUGGCGCUGCCGAAAUCCUAACAUCAUCUUCAACGAACAAUCACAAGACGCGACGGGACCACCAACAUCUGGGGCCCUCUGACGAUGAAGCUUUCUCAUUCCAAUCCCCUCCACUGUCCAGAGCGCUUAGUCAAGACCCCAUCAUCGAAUCUUCCCUCAUACCUCGGCGUGGGUUUGUAGACCCGCUGUCUGGAUACCCGGCUUUUGAUGACGAUGACAGCACUGGAAACGCAGACACACAGGCGAGGAAGACCCCGAUUAUUGACAGUUCACACUUUAUUUCCCAUGCUGAUACUGCCAACUCGCAGACAAACAUGACAUUGUCUUGCUGGUUAAAGAACCAGGAGGCCACUGAGCCCAUAUUCGGCAAUCAGCCCAGCAUGGGCGGCGUGGGCGGAACAGUGCUUCACGCGGCCAUAGUGCACGGCAACGAGGCCAUUGUCAAACUGCUGCUUGAAAAGGGAGGGGACCUGAAUGCCCUGACGCAGCAACGCAAGGACACCUUGCACCUGGCCGUAGAGAGUAACCAGAUGAAUAUCGUCCGCCUCGUACUCAAGGCCGGCGCCAAUGUGAACAGCGUAGACGGCUGCGGGCACUCGGCUCUCUUCAAGGCCAUCUUUGGCGGGAACGAGGACAUGGUGCGGCUGCUUUUGGACUUUGGUGCGGAUGUCAACCAGUCCAUUGCUCACGUCCCUCAGACAUCAAGGAUAAGCGUCUCGAGUUCUGCAUCGGGCUUUGUAUGA